AUGGUCGAGAUGGGGGCAAAACCAAGGCUAAUGGUGCACUGAUGUGAUGUGGACGCGGCGUCGCAGUGUGUUUGCGUGCGUCGUCUGUGUGAGUGUGUGUGUGUGUGUGUGUGAGAGAGAGAGAGAGAGAGUGUGUAUGAGUGAGGGAGAGAGUCGGUGUGUUUUCUCCGUUCACAUCCCCCGGUUGUGUGUUGAAGACGUGAGCAUCCUCCACAGCGAGCCUUCAUAAAGGACUCCGGAGAGAUCCGGGGCUUCACCUCGGACACUAGAAACUGACAGAAGAGCUUGGUCGAGUUGUACUGACAUCAGGAUAACAGUGUCAGGCGGAUUUACCGACCUUACAGAAGUCAAACGGAUAAACCGAGCACUUAUUUGUUCAGGUUUGGACCGAAUUCUCUGACCAGGAUAUUUUUUUUUAAAAAUUUUUUUAUUUCUUCCUUCCUUGCGCGUGUGUGUUUAUGUUUUCGGAUGGUCUCGCGCUCAGCGGAUGGACCACAGAGAUGGAGACGUUUCAUCGGCAGUGAAGAUUUCUAUUUUUUUUUUCCCCCUAACGAUGCUGUUUCUAAACAAAACCAGUGUUUGUUUGUUUUCUUAACCCGUUAACGCCUGACACAACACUGUAACGUCUUUGUUUUGUUCUGACCAACUGAGUUAAAAAGCAAGCGGAUAUUUUUUUCUCCCCCCCCCCCCCACACAGACACACAUUACAGCUGGAUGUUAUUAAGCUGAAAUAAUAUAAUAUAAUAUAAUAUAGCAGCACUUCUAAGGAAAAUAUUCUCCAUGACUUGGAGCACCACAGUGAUUGGUGUAAAUUAAAGUCGUCUCACGAGUAUCGUUAUUACUGAGGAGGAAAGAAUAAGAAGAAGUAAAAAAAAAAAAAAAAUUUUCUCAUUUCCGGUGUCUCAAUCAGUCGUUGCGGAUCGAUUCGGUUUUCUCUCGAGGGAUGAAAGUAAAAGCCCCAUCACUCAGAAAGGCUGGACUUAUUAUUUCCCAAUAAAGACAGGGCGCAGGAUAAAAAAAAGGGCGGGAAACUUGGCGCUCCCCAUCACUCGCUUGUCUCACGCGCGACCUCGUGCUCUCAGCAUUUCUCCUCCACUCGCCUGAGUUUGGCUGUGGUCAUGGAUCUUCGAGGAGAAAACGACGAUGACAACGUGGACUGCGAGCGACCGGCGCCCAUUGAAGUUUUCGCGAGCAGGUCCACUCUCCACGGCAUCGCCCACAUGUUCACCUACGAGCGGCUGUGCGUGAGGCGCUGCCUGUGGAUUAUCUUCUUCGCCGGCUCGCUCUCCUUCCUCGUGUUCGUGUGCGCGGACCGCGUGCGCUUCUACCUGCAGUACCCGCACGUGACCAAGCUCGACGAGAUCUCGACCCCGCUGAUGACCUUCCCCGCCGUGACCUUCUGCAACCUCAACUCGUUCCGCUUCAGCCGCGUCACGCGCAAUGACCUGUACCAUGCAGGAGAGCUGCUCGCGCUGCUCAAUGGCAGGUAUGAGAUUCGGGACACUCACCUGGUAGAGGAGAGCGUUCUAGAGACCCUGAAAGUCAAGGCUGACUUCCUGACCUUCAAACCGCGGCCCUUCAACAUGCGCGAGUUCUACGAUCGAACCGGCCACGACAUCAAGGACAUGCUGCUCUCCUGCUACUACCGUGGGGACAAGUGCAGCGCUGAGGACUUUAAAGUGAUCUUCACUCGAUAUGGCAAAUGCUACACGUUUAACUCUGGCCAGGAUGGACAGCCACUCCGCAUCACCACGAAAGGGGGUAUGGGCAACGGCCUGGAACUAAUGCUGGACAUUCAACAGGACGAAUACCUGCCAGUGUGGGGAGAGACAGAUGAGACGUCUUUUGAAGCCGGCAUCAAAGUGCAGAUCCAUACUCAGGACGAGCCGCCGUUCAUCGAUCAGCUGGGAUUCGGAGUGGCGCCAGGCUUUCAGACUUUUGUGUCCUGCCAGGAGCAGAGGUUGACCUACCUGCCGCCUCCAUGGGGUGACUGCAGGACCGAACCCAUCGACUCCGACUUCUUUACCACCUACAGCAUCACGGCGUGCCGCAUCGACUGUGAGACACGCUACCUGGUAGAGAACUGUAACUGUCGCAUGGUGCACAUGCCAGGAGAUGCUCCAUACUGCACACCAGAACAGUAUAAAGAGUGUGCAGAUCCAGCUUUGGAUUUUCUCGUGGAGAGAGACAAUGAUUACUGUGUGUGUGAGACGCCCUGCAACAUGACGCGCUACGGAAAAGAGCUGUCCUUCGUCAAGAUACCUAGCAAGGCCUCGGCCAAAUACCUGGCCAAGAAGUUCAACAAGACGGAGCAGUACAUUGCAGAUAACAUCCUGGUUCUGGAUAUCUUCUUCGAGGCUUUGAACUAUGAGACUAUUGAGCAGAAAAAAGCCUAUGAGCUGCCUGGAUUACUGGGUGAUAUCGGUGGUCAGAUGGGUCUUUUUAUUGGAGCCAGUAUUCUGACCAUUUUGGAACUCUUUGACUAUCUUUAUGAGGUGAUCAAGUACAAGCUGUGCCGUUGCAGGAAGAAGAACCACAAACGCAGCAACAACAAUGACCGAGGAGCUGUGCUGAGCCUGGACAACGUGCAGUGCCAUCCUCCGUGUGAAAACCUUCGCACUCCAUCUACAUAUUCGGCCAACAUCCUACCUCACCAUCCAGGGCAGGGUAACUUCGAGGACUUCACCUGCUGAGUGAGUGAGUGAGUGAGUGAGCGAGCGAACGAGAGAGAGAGAGAGAGAGAGAGAGAGAGAGGAGCUGUUAGAGUUGGACUCCAGCUCGCAGUGUACAACCAAAGCCGCCUGACUCCAUCGUCACGAACACCCUCCCAUCCCGGCCGACACAGAAUGGAUUUUGACUGGAUGUUUUAACGCACCGCAUUGUGUCAUGUAAAAUAAAAACGAAACAUUGAAACUGUUCCACAACACAACCAUGUGUGUACUUUUAAAGGAUUUUGGAACACUGCCUCAAACGGGAACCCCUUCGUGAAGAAGCCUCUGAGACGUGGACCAUCACAGCUCAAACGGACAGGCUUCCUGUGGGCGGAGUCCCCUGCCUUUUCUGUAUAUAAACAGCGGCUAUACACCGUCUUAACUGAGUGGCUUAAUUAGAUUGUUAGAAAUAAUAUAGUGCUUAAUCCAUGUAGCAGCAUUCGUGGUGACUGAUGGACUCCAGUGACGUGCCACUCACGGUCAGUGUGUCUCCUUGAAGAAUGUAUUUUUCCUACUGACAGGAAAUGAUCAACUGUUCGUGGUGAAGAAAGCUGAGUUCAGCAGUCUGUUGUUCCAUCCAGCUCUCAUCUCGUGACUGCAUGCUUGUAUUCGUCUUCCUGUGCAUGUUUUCAGUUUUUGGGUUUGUUUUCAGUAACCAUUGUUAUUAUUGCCAAGUUUGCCUCAAUUAUAUAUAGGUGUGUGUGUGUGUGUGUGUGUGUCUUGUUUGGGUGCCUUAACCCCUACAACUGUGUGUAUGUGUGACUGGAUUUAACAUGUGUGUCGUCUGCCUAAGCAGUGUGUGUGUGUGUGUGAGUGUGUGCGCGCGCAUCUUAGUUAUGUGUAUGAUUAAGACAUGGCAAGUCGGCCAGUCAGUCUCUGUGUGUGUGUGUGUGUGUGUGUUAGAUAUGAUGUGUAUGAUUGACAUGGCCUGCGUGUGUGUGUGUGUGUGUGUGUGUUAGAUAUGAUAUGUGUAUGAUUGACAUGGCCCACGUGUGUGUGUGUGUGUUAGAUAUGAUAUGUGUAUGAUUGACAUGACCCGUGUGUGUGUGUGUGUGUUAGAUAUGAUAUGUGUAUGAUUGACAUGGCCCACGUGUGUGUGUGUGUUAGAUAUGAUAUGUGUAUGAUUGACAUGACCCGUGUGUGUGUGUGUGUGUUAGAUAUGAUAUGUGUAUGAUUGACAUGACCCGUGUGUGUGUGUGUGUGUGUUAGAUAUGAUAUGUGUAUGAUUGACAUGACCCGUGUGUGUGUGUGUUAGAUAUGAUAUGUGUAUGAUUGACAUGGCCCACGUGUGUGUGUGUGUUAGAUAUGAUAUGUGUAUGAUUGACAUGACCCGUGUGUGUGUGUGUGUUAGAUAUGAUAUGUGUAUGAUUGACAUGACCCGUGUGUGUGUGUGUGUGUUAGAUAUGAUAUGUGUAUGAUUGACAUGACCCGUGUGUGUGUGUGUUAGAUAUGAUAUGUGUAUGAUUGACAUGGCCCACGUGUGUGUGUGUGUGUUAGAUAUGAUAUGUGUAUGAUUGACAUGACCCGUGUGUGUGUGUGUGUGUUAGAUAUGAUAUGUGUAUGAUUGACAUGACCCGUGUGUGUGUGUGUGUGUGUUAGAUAUGAUAUGUGUAUGAUUGACAUGGCCCGCGUGUGUGUGUGUGUUAGAUAAGUGUAUGAGAAUGAAAUGACCCAUGCGCAUUAUCUUUAAAUUUGUGUAUGAUUAUGACACGACCUGUCUGUGUGUGUGUGUGUGCGCGCGUGUGUGUGUGUAUGAAUGUGGGCGCCUUAUCUUUAAAUUUGUGUAUGAUUAUGACACGACCUGUCUGUGUGUGUGUGUGUGUGUGUGCGUUAGCUUUAGAUAUGUUUAUGAUUAUGAUCUGACCUGUGUGUGUGUGUGUGUGUGUGUGUGUGGUUUACCGCUUAUCAGUGAAUUAUUCUCUGUUUCGAUUCUGUGAGUUUAUUAUAAUUUUUCAGAACUGUCGCUGUUUCAAAUAUCAUAUCGAAGCACAAGACCAUUAUGUAAAAGAUGAUGAAAAAGAAGGCGGGUUCAUAUUCUUUCAGAGACUAGGACCAUCACGAUAAUCCGAAUCGUUACAACUCUAUUAUUCUGAUUUUUGUUUUUUUACGACAAAAAAAAAAGUAGACAUGUUGCCUGAUAGUCCAGUCAUCAUCUUUCCAGAUACUAGACUGUUCUAUUUAUCUAUGAAGGUAUAAUAAAAUAUCAUUGAAAAUUUUA